GAAUGCUCUAUCCGUAGGUGGGAAGCAGAGAACCGGACGGCAGCGACAAUUCGGCUACAUCACCCUGGACUGCCUCAGCUGCUGGUGUGAUCAAGAGUGACCAGAUUUAAUAGCGCAGCACCGGGGCUCGGCUUAAAAACAUCUGCGGGGUUGGGAAAAAAAAGAAAGAAGAAGAAGCGCGUCUAUUCCUGCGCCGCUGUCAGGAUGAUGUGACAAGUCACUCGUCCGCUUCCUGGGGAAAAAUCUGAGGUUUCUUUUUCACCACUGGAGAUCAUCUGAGCUGGUUGUUAAAAGGCUGGCAGGCCUGGGGUGGGACAGAGAACAUGGCUGAACCGCGGCGGGAGAGCACCAGCAGCCUGCAGAGGAAGAAGCCUCCCUGGCUCAGACUGGACAUUCCCACAGCUCAGAUGUCACUAGACGAGCCUCCCACUUUUGUUCAGCCGGUGAAGAGGCAGGGGUUCCUGCGCAGCAUCAGCAUGCCAGUGGAGACCUCUCACCUCCAGUCCCCGCCCCGUGAUUUCUUUGACACCCGACGGCCUGUCUUACAACGCCAGUCAUCCAUCACUCAGACCAUAAAGAGGGGCACAGCGGACUGGUUCGGGGUCAGUAAGGACGGUGAUGCCACACAGAAAUGGCAGAGGAAGAGCCUGCGACACUGCAGCCUGCGCUAUGGAAAGCUGAAACCACAGGUGAUCCGGGAGAUGGAUCUGCCCAGCCAGGACAACAUCUCUUUAACCAGCACAGAGACCCCUCCUCCCCUCUACGUCCCCUCCUCACAGCAUGGCAUGCAAAAGAUUGUCGACCCACUGGCUCGAGGACGGGCCUUCCGUAUGGUAGAGGAGGUGGAUGGCUACAGCGUGCCUCAGACCCCCAUCACUCCUGGUGCUGCCUCGUUAUGCUCCUUCACCAGCUCCCGCUCAGGUCUCAACCGACUGCCUCGCCGACGCAAGAGGGAAUCUGUGGCAAAGAUGAGCUUCAGGGCCGCAGCAGCUCUGGUCAAGGGGCGCUCAUUACGGGACAGCACUCUAAGACGGGCCCAAAGACGAAGCUUCACACCUGCCAGCUUCAUGGAGGAGGACAUGGUCGACUUUCCAGAUGAACUGGACACAUCUUUCUUUGCCAGAGACAUUCUGAUGCAGGAGGAGUUGUCCACGUAUGCUGACGAAGUUUUUGAGUCACCGUCUGAAGCAGCCAUGAAAGAGGCAGAGCCCAGCAGCAAGAAAGAUGAGACGGAGCUGACAGGCAGUGCCCUAGAUAAAACAGAGCUGGAGAGAAGUCACCUCAUGCUACCUCUGGAGCGAGGAUGGCGUAAAGCCAAAGAAGGAACCCCAGGGCCACCAAAGGUUCCCUUACGGCAAGAGGUGGUCAGUGUUAACGGACAGCGGCGUGGACAGCGGAUCGUUGUACCUGUCAAGAAACUUUUUGCCCGGGAGAAGAGGCCUUAUGGGUUGGGCAUGGUAGGGAAGCUCACUAACCGUACCUACCGCAAGCGCAUUGACAGCUACGUCAAGAGGCAGAUAGAGGACAUGGAUGACCAUAGGCCUUUUUUUACAUACUGGAUCACCUUUGUCCACUUGCUCAUUACUAUCUUGGCUGUAUGCAUCUACGGCAUUGCACCGGUGGGCUUCUCCCAGCAUGAGACGGUUGAUUCUGUUUUAAGAAACAAAGGAGUAUAUGAAAAUGUCAAGUUUGUACAGCAGGAGAACUUCUGGAUUGGGCCUAGCUCGGAAGCUCUGAUCCACUUGGGGGCCAAAUACUCUCCAUGCAUGCGGCAGGACAAGCAAGUGCAUGAUCUUAUCAGGGAAAAGAGAGCUAUCGAACGCAACUCUGCCUGCUGUGUGCGGAACGAUCGCUCCGGCUGUGUCCAAACCUCAGAGGUGGAAUGCUCGAGUACUCUAGCUGUAUGGGUGAAGUGGCCGAAGCAUUCCAGCACUCCCCAGUUAAAUGGUAAAGACAGACAACAUGGCUCAGUGUGCCAUCAGGAUCCCAGGAUAUGUCUAGAGCCUGCCUCAGUAUCACCUCAUGAAUGGCCUGAUGACAUCACCAAGUGGCCAGUUUGUACCAGGUACAACACAGGGAACCACACCAACCUGCCUCAUAUUGACUGUACCAUCACAGGCCGACCCUGCUGCAUUGGAACCAAAGGGAGGUGUGAAAUCACAUCCCGGGAAUAUUGUGACUUCAUGAUGGGCUACUUUCAUGAGGAAGCUACUCUCUGCUCCCAAGUGCACUGCAUGGAUGAUGUGUGCGGACUGCUGCCUUUCCUUAACCCUGAGAUCCCAGAUCAGUUUUACAGGCUCUGGCUCUCACUUUUCCUACAUGCUGGGAUCCUUCACUGCCUGGUGUCGGUGGCUUUCCAGAUGACCAUCUUGAGAGACUUGGAGAAGCUGGCGGGAUGGCUGCGCAUCUCAAUCAUUUACAUCCUCAGUGGCAUCACUGGCAACUUAGCGUCUGCCAUCUUCCUGCCCUACAGAGCAGAGGUGGGGCCAGCUGGCUCUCAGUUUGGGAUCCUGGCCUGCUUGUUUGUGGAGUUGUUCCAGAGCUGGCAGAUCCUGGCCCAGCCUUGGAGGGCCUUCACCAAGCUGCUGUGUGUGGUGCUCUUCCUUUUUGCCUUUGGGCUACUGCCCUGGAUCGACAAUUUUGCCCACAUUUGUGGCUUCAUCUCUGGCUUUUUCCUGUCGUUCGCCUUCUUACCCUACAUCAGUUUUGGCCGCAUGGACCUGUACCGAAAACGCUGUCAGAUCAUCGUCUUCCUGGUGGUGUUUGUCGGGCUCUUUUCAGGCCUAGUGGUGCUCUUUUAUGUCUACCCAAUCAAGUGCGAAUGGUGCGAGUUAAUCACCUGCAUCCCCUUCACAGACAAAUUCUGCGAGAAGUAUGACCUCAACGCUCACCUCCACUGAAGUGUGAACACAGCAGGAAGGCAUCAGGUCAAAGGCUGUGGUGCUGACAGAUGAUAUCAGCCAGUCUGUGUCUCCACUCUGCCCCUGUGUGGCUUGGGGAUCAUCCCCAUCUGUGAACUAUGACAAUGUGCUUGUGUGUUCUUUUUUUUACUCUGUCAAGUAUAAAUACCUAUGCCACUCAUAUGGACUUCUUUUAAUCACCUCCCUGUUCACCGACAGUCAUUGUCGCUCCUUCACUGUCCAGUGAAACAAAGGUAUGGCACUUCUGAACCUCAUCAGUGCUCCCAGCUGCCCUUUACAUGUCAGGCAGGAAUUACAGAAGCCAGCACUGGUACAGAGAGAAGGGUUUUUUUUACAUUCACACUCCAAACAUAGGUUUUAUUAUUAUUAUUAUUCAGGCAACCUCAUACAGAAGCAGGGACAAAAAAAUCAAAUAUUGAUACCUUUGGUGCCUUGUUGAUAAAUGUACCAACUACUGCCAUAUUUUUGUUACAUUAUGCUGAGCACUCAAAUGUUUUCUUUCAUUUGUUUAUUGCUUCUCAAGAAGUGAUGAUUGUUUUGAAAAUGGUAGUGUUUUAGCUACCUGUCUACUCACGUAACUGAAAACAACAGUAA